CCGGGCAAAGAGCGGGGAGGCCGCAGGCAGGGUCUGGGGCGGGCAGCACCAGCGACUCGUGCUGCAAGGAGAGAGAUGCCCCCAGCCUCUGCGCCUUUCCGGGGCUGGGAAACACAAGCAGCGGCUCUGUUUACAGCCCAGACGACCACCUCUGCGAGGGCCACCCGCUGCCGGCAGACGGGGCGUGGCCAGAGCCUGCUAAAGGGGCUCCGCUGGGGCAAGGCCCGGGGGCGUGCUCCAGUCCACAGAGAAUCGCAGAGCAGGAGUUAUGGCGACCCACGUGCAACUGAGCCCUAAGGCCAAGAUGCCCAUCCUGGGGCUAGGCACCUGGCAGGCUCCUCCAGGGAAAGUGGAAGAAGUGGUGAAGUUUGCCAUCGACAUUGGAUACCGCCACUUCGACUGUGCCUCUUUGUACAAGAAUGAGAGUGAAAUAGGGGAUGGGAUCCAGCAGAAAAUCAAGGACGGGGUUGUGAAACGGGAAGAUCUUUUUGUUGUCAAUAAGCUGUGGUGCACGUUUCAUGAGCGAUCCCUUGUGAAGGGGGCAUGCCAGACGAGCCUUGCUGCACUGAAACUGGAUUAUCUGGACCUCUACCUUAUUCAUUUUCCUAUGGGAUUCAAGGCUGGUGAGGAGGUGCAUCCUGUAGAUGACAAUGGUAUGGUUGUCCCCAGUAACACGGAUAUUCUGGACACAUGGGAGGCUAUGGAAGAGCUGGUGGAUGCAGGCCUGGUGAAAGCCAUUGGAAUCUCCAACUUUAACCACAAACAGAUUGAGAGACUCUUAACCAAACCUGGUUUAAAAUUCAAGCCUGCCAACAACCAGAUUGAGUGCCACCCAUACCUUACCCAGGAGAAGCUGAUUAAAUAUUGCCAAUCCAAAGGGAUCUCUGUGACUGCAUACAGUCCCCUUGGCUCUCCUGCCAGGCCAUGGGCCAACCCAGGGGACCCUACUCUUCUAGAGGACCCUAAGAUUAAAGAGAUUGCUGCUAAACACAGCAAAACCUCUGCUCAGGUUCUGAUCCGGUUUCACAUCCAGAGGAAUGUGGCAGUCAUUCCUAAGUCUGACAAACCACACCAUAUUGAGGAGAACUUUAAGGUGUUUGACUUUGAAUUGACUAAUGAGGAGAUGGAAACCAUCCUCAGCUUUAACAGGAAUUGGAGGGCUGUUGAAAUGCUAACGGCUGUCAAUCACAAGGAAUAUCCAUUCAAAGAAGAUUAUUAAAGCUGGUGUUUCCUUGGCAUCUCUGGCUAUUAGAGUUGGAGCCUCUUCUGCUCUGACUUGUUCUUCUAUAUUGAUUGUGUCCUUCAACUAUUGUCUGCCCUUUUACCACCAGACAUGUGGGUUGAAGGAAGAAGAAAUGUAUAUAAAAGCUAAAGAACAAAUAUUUAACACCUUUAGAGGGGUUACCUUUUUAUCAACGGGUUGGAGGUACUGCUUUUUGCAAGACUACCGAAAAAAAGUUAACUUUAAUUCCUCUUUUGUUUACUUUGUAUAUUAAACUCCACUUCCCAUCUAGUCACUUGAGGAGGAGUUCAAGGUAGGUUAAUACAAUGUCAGUACCCUAAGAGAUGCUGUAUUAACUAUGGAACUCUUUAUACAGUUGCUUGUAUGCCACUUGUCUGAUUGUUCCAGCUGGAUAACUAUCCUGUGCCUAAUGUAUUGAAGACAUUAAACAAUUCAGAGUACAA